UCGAGCGUUGGAUGGGUCAAGCACAACUAGAAAACAGACACUUUCUGCACUCUACACAUUGUUUGCGUCUUCCCGACACCUCAAAGUAGACCCUCGCGAUGGCUGAAGUACAAGCUCCUCCUCCAGCGAUGAACCCAGAACAAACACAAUCGCCCCUUGCAGAGCAAAUACCAGCAGAGAAUGGAGAUGCAGAAGUCAAGGCGGAGGAAGGGGCUAAGCAAGCACAAGAAGAGGGAGAGGAAGACCCCAAUAAAAUUCCUGACAAUGCUUGUGAAACGCUUUAUCUUCAAAAUUUGAACGAGAAGGUCCGGAUACCAGUGAUGAAGGAGACUUUGUAUAAUCUCUUUAAGCCUUACCGUCCUUUGCAACCAAUCAUUGCUCACCACAACAUUCGUAUGCGAGGACAAGCAUUUGUUUCUUUUUCGGACAUCGAAAGUGCGAAUGAGGCGAGGAAGGAUGUUAACGAGUUCCCAUUGUACGGAAAGUCCAUCCAAAUAAAGUUUGCUAAAGGGUUGUCAGAUAGCAUUGUGAAGCGCAAGGGAGAUGAAAAAGAGUUUGAAGAGCACACCAAGAGAAGGUUAGAAGAGAAGAAGCUCAAACGAAAGAAUAACCCUCUCCGCCAGAAGGCUCAAGCCAAACUUCGCGCCGACACUACCGCGGGCACAGCCGGCCCAGCAGCCAAGAAACAACGUCUCCAAAUGCCCGACGAGUACCUCCCUCCCAACUCUGUCUUAUUCGUCCAAAAUCUUCCCGAUGGUACUACAUCUGAAGAUCUCCGAGAAGUAUUUGAGGUCCACCCCGGUUUGAUUGAGAUUAGGACUAUUCCCGCGAAGAAGGAUAUUGCGUUUGUGGAGUUUGCGGAUGAAGGGGCGGCUACAAUUGCAAAGGAUGCUUUGCACAACUUUAAGAUUGAUGGUGAGACGAAGAUGAAAGUUACGUACGCGAGGAAGUAGGGUUCCUAUUUGGGUAUAUAUCGCGUAGCAUUAAAGUUGCAAAUGCACAUUGUACUUUCCAUAGAUUAACUAUCAGCCGCUACUCGACCCUAUGUGAGCAACAUCAAAUAAACAUUCACAUCGCAUGAGUCCACCAACCAACCCAAAUAUAUACAAACUGUCGUCCCUCCUGCCAGUCCAAAUAUCAGAAGACAAAACAUCUAUCAUGUAGGGUAACCUUGGUGGCUAUACACAAAAUCUUCUACAAUGUCAUUGAUCUCUGCCUAUUUGAUGUGCUGCCUGUAUAUACCGCAUUUAUGCUUUACUCAUCCAUCUUAGGACCUAGCGACUCGGAAAACG